AUGUCAUCACCAGCUACCGUCCCCGAGACACAACGUGUUCUGCUGCUUUACGGUCCGAGACAGCCCUACAAAGUUGUCCAAGAUUAUCCGGUUCCAAGACUCCAAGGAGAUGCCGAGAUCCUAGUGAAAACAAAUACCAUCGGCCUCAACCCUAUAGAUUGGAAAGCACCCGACUUCAAUUUUGCCAUACCAGAGCUUCCCUAUCUUUCUGGAAGGGAACUCUCUGGCGACGUAUGUCAACUUUCCAGUGACUCGUCGAGGUUCAAAGUGGGAGACAGAGUCAUUGCUAUUUCCACCGACUACCGGGACCCUCGCAAGGCAGCAUAUCAGGAAUAUGUAGUUACUUUCGACUUCAACGCAGUCCGCCUACCUCCUCAACUAUCUUAUGAAGAGGGCUCGACACUGGGUGUCGCCUUUGUGGCCGCUGCACUCGCACUAGGGAUAUGUAUGGGCGUCGAUUUCAGCGAGAUCGCGGACGGGCCGGACCUGUUGAAGAUCGUCAAGGAAGUUGCCCCUGAAUCAAUCCCUGAGGAUAUUCGAGCCGAGUCUCUGAACGGUAUCCCUGAGCACGAGCGCGCAAGACCUGGGGACUGGCUUGCGGUCUGGGGAGGUUCUGCCACGUCGGCAAACCUGACGGUCCAGCUUGCACGGCUAGCAGGGCUCAAAGUCGCCACGAUCGUGGACAGUGCCAAGCACGGCCUGCGUAUAUCUAACCACAAGUUCAUCCGGCCUGACCUGCUCAUUGACAGCCAUGAUCCUCAGCGGGCCAUCCAGGUCCUCCAGCGCAACGUUGGGGAUGAGAUCCGGUUCGGCAUCGACACAAGAGGCAAGGACACCGCCGCCAUGCUCCUCGAGGGCCUGACCAAGAGUCGGUCGGGAACCAUCAACGCGGAGCCGCCUUCUCCUCCAGCUACGCCGCGCACCAGCCCCUCGUUCUCGGCCCACCUCAUCGGGCUGACUGGGCUGCCCAAGGGAGUCGCAGCCGACGGGAUUGCGCUGCACGCAGUGCCCAUCAAAUUGUUCCAUGAGGUGCCGGCCGUGGGCCACGCUAUGGUCACAUGGCUGGAGCGGCUGCUUGAGCAAGGGCUUGUGUCCCCGCCGGAGAUUAUAGAUAUCGAGGAAGGCCUCGAGAAUGUGAACACUGGACUGGAUAGGAUGCGAAAAGGAGAGAUUAGCGGCGGGAAGCUGGUUGUCAGGAUAAGCGAGGAGUGA